UUUCGUAAGAACCCAACCUCGCAUCAAGCAACCUUCGCAUCCAUGAAAACUACUGCUACAUAAAGCAAAGAAAACAGAAAAUGCAUCAUUGUUCUGUUGUGAAAAAAUGCUGUAGCGAUAGCGUGCUUUGAGAAAUAAAUAUUGAUAGGCAGUGCUAAACUAUGUAUUAUUACUUUAGGAUACUUGUUGAUAGUUACCCUUUUCACUUUUAUAUCUUCCUCUGGUCUGUCUUUUUUCUAAUUAGGUCGGCUCCACCACAAAAUGUAUUAAGCCUGAACAAAAAUAGCAGGACGAAGAAGCAGUACGGCAAGGACAAUAGAUCUACACUUCCUCGCGUACUCAGGGUCGAAAAAACAACAAUACAUGGUUCUCACAAGCGCCGCUCUGAGCGCCCUAAAGGAUGGCGCAGUUUUCAGCAGUGGCAUGUUCGGAACCUCGGUUUCUGACGGCUCCUCUUGGGCGCCUGCUCACGUGGCACCGGGACAUGGCGGUCUGAUGUUCCCAGCUCCCGAUCAUGAUGCCGGACAGCACCAUCACAACGACGCGCCUGUGGGCGAGCAUGGCGGAGGAGGUGGCGGUCAUGAGGAUAAUGGCGCAGGGGGAGAUAACCAUGAAGAUAUGAUCUAAAUGUUCCUAUACUAGAUAAUGCCGCAGGGGCUGAUAACCAUAACCAUGAAGAUAUGUUGAUCUAAAUGUUCCUAUAGAUACAUGGCGCAGGGGGAGAUAACCAUGAAGAUAUGCUCUAAAUGUUCCUAUAGAUACAUAGUCAUGUAUGUUGUUGACAAAGAUGAAAAGUGUGGUACUCACAAUUAUGAUCGUGGAUGAAUCUACCUGUGGUCCGUGAAAUCAAGAUGAAGAAGUGAAAACUUAUGUAGAUUUGUUCCUUUUACAACGAGUUUAUAGUAUACCACUCUAAAUCAAACGACGCAGAGGCAGAGCACGAGCACGAUCAUGAGGACGAACAUGAGGAACACGAGGAGCACGAAGAUGAGCAUGAGGAGCACGAAGCAGAGCACGAGGACGAACAUGAAGAACCUGAAGAACACGAAGUCGGGGAAGAGAAUAAUGAGUUAUGUGCUUGACGACUUUGGACGUAGCAGUUCUAGUAUCUUUAUUUCCUGGCAGUCUUAGUUGUAGUAACAUCUUCAAGUACAGAUUCUUGCCCCUUGCUGUUACUUCUAAUACCCCGGAUGCCAUUCAGUUUCAUUCGCAUUCCUAUCGCACCCAUCGAUCAAACUAGUAUACUUCGUCAUCUCCCAUUUUUCCUAUCGUCCCCAGCAAUCGGAGUCUAAUGCCCGCUGACGAAGUAGAGGAAGGUGCGGAGGCUGAGGGGGCUGAAGAAGAGAU